AUGAACGGCAACAAUCUGCAGCUGUUCUGGGAGAUCGCCUCAUCCAACCAGGACGCGAGGCUCACCUCGGCAAAUCAGCUCGUUGAGGAGCUUCUAUCUCAGCAAGAUGUGCUGGCUUCCUCCUCAAAGAUCACCCUCGACCUGCCAUCGACAACCGAGAGCACCGACGACGAUGACCAAGACAUGGACGAUCCACUGACAGUAGACGAGCAGGAGGCCGAGUCCGUCGAGGAAGCGCUGGGCAACCGCACCGUCGCCGACCUCAUGUACGCUUUGCGUCGACUGCUGCGCGGCUUGGCGAGUCCACGAGAGAGCUCUCGUCUCGGGUUUGCUGUCGUCCUAACAGAGCUUCUCUCCCGCAUUAGAUACGCUGUUUCCGCCAAAGAGAUCCUCACGCUCGUUCUCAAGUACUCAAAUCCUCAGGUCGCUGCCAGCAGACAAGAGCAGAAGGAUUUUAUGUUUGCCAAGCUUUUUGGCAUCAUGAGUCUCGUACAGUCGGAACUGCUCGUACAGCCCUCAGCGACAAUCAGCGACUUCAAACGAUCCAUGAGCAUUCUCAUUGCGCUUUCCUCCGACAAGCCAUGGAUGGCCGAGAGCUGUGCAUGGGUCAUGGUUCAAGCCGUAGCCCAGCUCCAACGUGCCGACGUCGAAAUCGAGUGGUCGCAAGCAGCGCAGUCGUGGAUGACCGAGCAGAUCUCUUCCACAAAGGAGCUGAGCCCGGAGAAGCUUGCAGUCAUGCUGCAGCUCAGCCAUGGAGCAGGCGCCGACUUCUUCCAGACAGUGGCUUUGCCGUCGAUGCGCAAAGAGCACCCACUGUCCACGGCCAACCUCGCCUCGUUGGCGCGAGUCCUCAAAGAGGCCAUCCCAUCCGAGAACGAGGCUACAGCCACUGCUGGUGCGCGUUCUCGCUGGCAGGCCAAAAUUCACUUCGUCUGGGAUCUCAUUCUCGACGUUUUCUUCGACUCGACUUCCUCAGCAGAGACUAGGAUCGCAUCGUUCCCGGACUUCUACCGCGUCGUCGUUGACGAGACCCUCUUUGCCGCUGCUUCGUCUCACGAUCGCAAGUCGUGGGGUUUCCAGGUCUUCCAACGAGCUCUUCCAAGAGCGAACGACACCGACAAGCCCAUGCUCUUCACGCCCAACUUUAUGCGCACGCUCAUCAACCAGCUCGGCAACCGCGAUCGUCUCCUGCAUCGUGCUGCCGUCAAGGCUACCGAGACUAUUCAAGACGUCGUCAAGCAACAGCCUCACCUCGGCUUUGUCCUCGUCACGCAGCUCAUCGGCAAGAAUGGUCAUCAGAACUUUGAUUCGAUCACAAAGACCAAGACGGUCGAGCAAGUGCUGUCGUCGCUCGACAUCGACCGCGUGCGCGAGUACGUCAAGCAUCUUGGCGAAAUCAUCUGCCAAGGCAUUGACACGGAGGACGAGGACGAACUGACAGAGAUCAACAACCGAAGAAAGUGGGCCCUCGACCAGCUCUUGUUCCUUGUGCGCACGCCCACAGUGCCCAAGGAUGACCAGCUGCUCGUCGACGUUCUCACCUUCCUUGCUGCCCACGGAUAUUACACAAUGCAGAAGCCGCUCAAGAAGCGCUUCCUGCUCGAGCGUCUCCCGACACCUGCUUUCACCGACUCGCUCAAGCAGGUCACCCGAUCGCGAUUCCUCUCUAGCGUCUCGGAGCUCGCCAAGCAGGCACCUCCGACUGGCGCCAGUGUCGCUGGCAAGAAGACGCCCGGCGUCGCUCAGGAUGGGCAGCUGUGGCUCGCCAAGGCACACGAUGUCUUGCUGCAGCUUGAGAAGGACAAGAGCUUCAAGUCGAUCUUUGACCACGAUGACGAGAUUGCAGCCAAGCUUGCUGACGGCGUUCGCUGCCUCGACAAGGUACGCAAGUUUGAAGCCAAGAGCACCGAUGCCGAUGUCAAGGAGCGCGCACGUGCGUUCCAGUCGCUGCUGCUGUCGGCGUUGCUCGUCUCGGCGGACGCUGCUGACGGCGCUUCGGACCUGGUCGAGCCGCUGUGCGCGUGUGCGGACAAGCUCUUCCCGGCGCCCAGCGCCGCUUCGUCCCGCAAGGGCAAGCAGGUCGAGGACCAAUCCGAAGUCACCGGUGUCGAGCUGCUCUGCGACUGCCUGCUCAGCUUCCUGGAGCUGUCUUCGGCCUUCCUACGCACCUCCGCUACGAACGCCUUCGAGGCCUUCACACAAGACAUGACCAAGGGCAGCAUCGGCUUGCUCCUCUCGCACCUGCGAACAGCUGACGAGGUUGCUCAGGAUGCAGAUGAGGACGAGGACGAAGACAUGGAUGACGAGGAAGCAUCAGAUGAGGUCGAGGAGGAUGGCAAGCCACGAGCCUCAGACACAUCUGCUACCAGCGACGACGACGACGAGUCGGAUGCCGAUGCGGACCAAGAGGACGAGGACGACGAGGAUCAAGAAGUGGAUGAAGAGCUCCGUGCUCGCGUCCGUGCUGUCCUCAAGGAGUCUGGCAUGGCUGAUCCCGACGACGCCGCUCAAGACGGAGAGGACGACGAGGAUGAGGCCGAGGACGCGCAGUCUGAUGCUGGCUCCGAGUCGAGCGUCGAAUUCUCCGAUUUGGGCGACGACGAGAUGAUGCUGCUGGACGACAAGCUCGCCGAGGUGUUCCGUCAGCGAGUGUCGGCAUCGCGCGGCCAGAAGGAGGCAAAGCAAGAAGCCAUUGCAUUGCGCUUCAAGGUGCUGGAGCUUGUCGAGGUGUUUGCUCGCAAGCAACCCCAAAGCCCGUUGAUGUUGGAUCUCAUCGAGCCGCUGUACGACCUCUGGAGCAACCGGGACGAGGACACGGAGCAGCUUGCCACCAAAGCCAGAACGCUGCUGCUGAGCCGAAUCAGCAAAGCCAAGACGGUACCGGACGACUUUGAUGCCGACCACGUGGCGACUCUGCUCCAGCGCAUGCACACGGAAGCACGCGAGUCGCAAUCCAACGACGUCUCAAACGUCAGCCAGGCGAUCAACCUUUACUUGACCAAGGUGGCGCUCUCUAAGAGUGGCGACGACGUCAAGGCAGCGCUCGGUGGCAAGCUGGUUGAGAUCUACCGCGAGUCUCUGCUCGACUAUCUGAUGCGAAAGUCGAGCCGAUUGCGUCACGAGUUCCUGAUCGACGCUUUCCGACGCUUCCCCAUGCUCGGCUGGGAGCUCCGCUCCGAGCUGCUAGACAACUGCCGACCAGGUGCUGCCACACGAGCGUUCCGUCAGGUGCAGGUUAUGUCGAUGCUGCAAGCGGUGCUGACGCAGAUUGCGCAGCGACCCGAAAAGGGCGAGGUGCUCGGUUUCGUUCCCGAGAUCAGCAGCUGCUUUGUGCAGAUCAUCACCGACUCGUGCGAUGCGGCGUCGACGUCGGCGUUGAGCUCGAACCACAUGAAGGACACGAUUAAAUUUGUGCUCCAGGCGGCGAGGAUCAGCUCGCGCAUCGAACCGGGGGCUAAUGACAAGCUGCAGGGCGCAUGGAAGGUGGUCAAGCUGCAGGACGCGGCGGACAAGCUGCAGAGCUCCGAGAGAUUCAAAGCGUCAACGUCGAUCCACGAUCUCAUGAAGCAGCUGAUCAAGGUGCUGCAGCCCGAUGCGACCGGCGCAGACGGAAAGAAGAAGAAGAACAACAAGGACGGCGGAAAGAACGAUAAGAAGCGUGCUGCGGAGGAGAGUACACCGAUCAAGGUGAAUGGCAAGUCGCCAUCGCCCGCCAAGAAGGUCAAGGCGACUUCAAAGUGA